CAUUCAGCAGCACACAACAAAGACAGAGAGACAACAGAACCAGCUUUCAUAUUGAAGCAGACACAAAAAUGAAGAUGCCACAGCUUCUCAUCUUCCUGUUGACCCUUUUGGUGCACAUAGCUGCUGGCUUCCCCACAGACAGAAGAGCUCGGCAGAGCCGGGAGAAACACGCCUCCUGGGAUGAAGUGAACGUGGUGGCUCACGGCCUCCUGCAGCUGGGCCAGGGUCUGAAGGAGCACGUGGACAAGACCAAAGCCCAGAUGAGAGACGUCAACGCGAAACUCAAAGCCUUCAACGGCACAGUGGCCGAACUGGAGAGGAAGCAGCAGGAGCAAGAUGAAGCUCUGAGGGCAAAGAGCGAAAAGGUGGAGGAGAGGGAGAGAAUGGUGGUAGAGCAGGCUGAGGAGGUGAAGGUGAAGGUGGAGGCGGUGGAGAAGCAGAGCGAGGACAUCCACUCCAGAAUGGACAGACUGGAGGAGAAGGUGGAUGCGGUGCUAACAGAGCCGACACUGGACAACAACAGUGAACACACAGGAGUCCCAUUUAUCCAGAGGCUGGUGGCAGCUCAGAACCGACGUAUUGACCAGCUGGUGGAGAAAAUCAAGCAACAGCAAGACAAACUAGAAAAGCAGAGUCUGCACCUGCAAGUACUGCAGAGCAAGGUUGCACAUAAGAGAGUAAAAUCACACAGACGGAGAGACGAAGAGAUGGCACUGAGGGGAGAGGCAGAGGAGAGCAAAAGCACAUCAGGUUUGGCCAGAGACUGUCAUAAUCUGUUCAUACAAGGGCAGCGAGCCAGCGGCAUCUACACAAUCCAACCAGAGGGCUCCCAGCCCUUCAACGUCCUCUGUGAAAUGACUUCAGAAGGUGGAUGGACGGUCAUCCAGAAACGUCACGAUGGUUCCCAGAACUUCAAUCAGCUGUGGGAAAGCUAUAAGGAAGGCUUCGGCAGCCUGAAUGGUGAGUUUUGGUUGGGCUUGGAGAACAUCCACACUCUCGCCAAACAAGGCCAGUACAUCCUGCAGGUUGAGCUCUCUGAUUGGGCGGGACACCAGCCUGUGGCUCGUUAUGGAUUCCAGCUUGAAGGAGAAGAGAAGUUGUUCACACUCCACCUGCAGCACGGGCCUUCAUCUGGCGCUCAGGAGAAAAUAAUGAUGACUGGUGGUCCUGGGCUUCCUUUUUCCACAGCCGACAGAGACAACGACCUCGCUGCAGACGUCAACUGUGCUGAACUGCUCUCAGGUGGUUGGUGGUUCAGUAGUUGUGGUGAGUCAAACCUCAACGGCAGAUACCCCAGAAGGCCGAGUCUGCUCCGGCGACAGCAGCGAGGGAUGUUUUGGACUUCCACAAACGGACAAAACACCUCAGUGAGGACCACUCUUCUGAAGAUCGCACCCGUCACAAUAAAGCUAUAAGCAGAUCAGUCUCCAAAAGGACAAACAGCAGAGGAAACUACAAAGCAAAACUGAAGGCAUCACAUUGCUAAUUCCAACACGCACAUUAUUGAUCUCUCCUGAUCACUCACUGGAUCCUGAUAUUUCUAUGCUAUGCCAUACGAUCAUCUCAGUCAUAUUGACUGUUGUAAAUGUAUUCCCUUUAUAAGGGUUUUACUGCUUAAUCUUAUUUCGCAAUACUUGCUGUGUUUUCUAAAUAAUUCUACUUUCAUAAUUGUAUUAUGUAUGUUAUUUUCAACAUGUACACACUUUAAACUUUUUAUAUUUCAUUUAUAUGAAAUGGAUGAAAAUAAAGUUGUUAAAAAGG